AUGUCUUUUAACGUAUUCUCUAUUCACAAUGAUGAUACUUUCUGCACAAGUUGUAACAUAGAUCUCAAAACCAAUACUAACUUUAACCGUCAUCAAAGAAUCAUCCAUGGGCGUGCAAGUAACGCACAUGUUGAUACUCCUACAAACGAUAACCAUGAUCCAGUAGAUGAAACCACUGAAACCGCCGAUGCCAAUGAUUAUUUUGAUAGCUCGGAAGAGGAUGACGGUGCUAACCUUGCCUAUCCGUUUGAAUCUGAUGAUGAGUCUCUUUCUGAGUCAAGCAAUGAUGAAGUUGAAGGACCUAAUACCUAUCAAAGUACAUCUGUCUUUAGCUCUAGUCCUUUCUAUCCUUUUAAAAAUGAAAUGGAAAUGAAGAUCUUGAUGUUCUUUAAGGGUUCACAAGACAAAACAUCCAUCCGAUUAAUAAAGAAGACCAUGCAUUUGCUGCGCGAAUUGAUUACGAUAUCCCAUCAAGAAAGGGAUUUGAUUCAGCAAAGACCAGAAGGAUUUAAUCCUCUGCGCAACAUACCAAAGGAUGACCGUAUUUGCAAAAGCCAUGACACCAGAAGAAAAUUCCCUCGUCUUGAAGUUGAUAAGGCUACUAUUCCAAAGGGAGAUGACCGGUCUGUGGAAUUAUUUUUCAUAAAGCCAUCAAAUCAUUUGGGUUUGGUUAUGGCUAAUCAGCAAAAAACUAAACUUUUUAAAUCGUUACCAGAUUUCACUCCAAACCAGCGUUAUCAUUUGAAUCAAGGACGGAAAUGGAAAGAUAAUAAACAUUUCCAGUCGCCAAUCGUAGCUAAAGAAUUCACAAAUGCUGAUACGGAUUUUUGGAUUGGUGAUGUAGUCAGUACCCGCCCAAAUCAACGACAACGCCAACAACAGCUAUAUAUUAUCGCUAAAUUUCUGACAGUGAACGAUGGCCUCUUUGUCAAUGUUUUUCCCAUCGAUUUUACAGAUAAUUUCCAGUCAGCAGCUAUUGAUUCAACUUGA